GAAACCAUGAAGAAGCAGCGCCGAUGACGCAGGUCCAAGAUGUCGGCGCAGGUAGAGUUGUGCUGUUUGGAGAGUUUCCCGCCGCAGCUGAGUCCUCUGGAUGUCCUCAUAUUAAAAUCUGAUCUGGGUUCAGUCUUCCACAAUGACACCGACCCACCGACCGUCGUCCUCAGCCCGCAGCGGCCGCACGGUGCCGAGAGUCCGGGCAUCUUACUGCGGGUCCACCCGACCACCGAGGAGGAGACUGCGGGCUGCGGAGGACCAGCCUCCCCCGGCCGGGUCCGGCUGUUCGCCAGCCGCCUCUUCAUGCGCCUCCGCGGGCUGCAGCGGGUCGGCAGCACCGGCACCGUCCGGGCUCUGGAGCCGGUCAGCCUGGACCGAGUGGUGCUGGGAGCCCGCAGCAGGCAGAGCCUCCGCUGGGCCGCAGGAGAGCGGUUCACCGGCGGGCUGCUGGAGCUCUGCCGCCCGGGACAGUGGCUGCUGGCCCGGCAGGGAGACCCGCUGCUGCUGCCCCGACACCCGCUGCUGGGAGAGGACCCGGGGCAGCAGUUGGAGCUCCUGGUUCUGGACUGCAGUCCUGUGACUCAGGGCCGGAUCACUGCAGACACGUCUCUGGUUCUGACGGACUGCUGCGACCCGACGGACCCCCCGGGACCGGCCCCGCCCUGCAGACCGCUCAGACUGUGCGUGUCGGACUUCGCUCAUUACGCCGACGGCCUCGGAGGGGGGCGGUCUCUCCUGGACAACAGGAACUCUCUGGGCUCGGGGUUCUCCGGCGUCCUGCAGGCUCUGGAGGGCCGGCUGGAGGUCCAGGUCGGAGACCCUCGGCAGUGGCUCGGGGGUCAGCCAGGCGGCGCCGUGGACGCGGACGGCUGCGUGUUUGUGAGCAAACAGCUGCUCCUCAGGCUCGGGCUGUUCAACCGGGAGUGGGUGAGGCUGUGGCGGCCGGGCGGAGCCUCCAGACCGGAUCCCAGAGAGCGGCUGGUCUCGGUGCUGGUGCUGGACUUCACUCAGAGUCCAGACCUGCAGAACCGCAAUGAGCUCGGACUCGUGUCGCCGACUCUGUGGUUCAACAUGACCGACGGAGACGAGCUCCCUGAGAGGAGCUGCACGCUGAGGAUGAAGAGGUGGAAACCGUCUCCUCCGGCGCCCGGCGGGCCUCGCUCCGACAGUUUCUGUCGCUCUGCUUCUCCGCCGUUCGCCAGCGAGCUUCACAUCCAGCCGGUCGCGUCUCCGCUGUACAACAACCUCAGCUGCUACGACGACCUGCUGUCCGAACACUUCAGCACGCCAAGACUGGUUUCACUGGGAGACAUCCUGACGGUUCCUGUGGAGAACCAUCCGGACCUUCUGGAGAACAGCUCGGAGGGAAUCAACAGGUGUCCGGUGCUGUUCUUCAGAGUGCAGAAGGUCUGUCCGUCAGCGCAGAGACAACCAGAAGUAGAGGAAGAAGAGGAAGAAGAGGGAGGAGCUCACCUGGCCGACAGACUGCACACCUCCCUCUACAUGCGACCGUCCACUAACAGCGCCGUCCCGUGUUGCUCUGUGGACGCAGCGUCUCUGUGGAGCUCUCUUUCUCCUCCGGGCCUCAACAGAACCGUGGACCAGCUGAGCAGCAUCAUCCUCCCACACCUGCAGCACAGCAGCUGUCUGUCUGGUUGCACCGUCCUCCUUCACGGCCCCGCAGGAAGCGGGAAAGUGACGGCGGCGAGCGCGGCGAGUCGCAGACUGAAUCUCCACCUGGUGAAGGUGGACUGUGUGAGUGUGUGUGCUGACUCUCCUGCAGCCUCCGAGGUGAAGCUGUCCUCGAUAUUUCAACGGGCCGGCGCCCUCCAGCCGUGCGUCCUGCUGCUCAGGAACCUUCAGCUCCUGCUCCGACCUCGAGGUGGCGGCGAGGAGGACGGCCGGGUCACCGCUGCGCUCUGCCAGCUGCUCAGCGCCGCCCCCCGCAGCGUGGUCGUCGUGGCGACGGUCUGCAGGCCUCGGGAUCUGUCGGCAGGCGUCGUGGCGGCGUUUCUCCACCAGGUGGCGUUAGAGAGUCCCACUGAGGAGCAGCGCCGCUCUAUGCUGGUCAACCUGAGCCGAGACCUUCACCUGGGGAGGGACGUCAACCUGGAGAGACUCUCCAAGCUCACCGCGGGGUUCGUGUUGGGGGAUCUGAGUGCUCUGCUGGUCCAGGCUGGUCGAUCCGCCUGCAGGAGGCUGAUUCGGACCUGUGGUGGCCGGCAGGAGGAGGACCUGUGCUCCAGUGGAGUGACCAUCCUGAACCAGGACUUCACUACCGCCCUGGAGACCCUGCAGGACGCCCAGUCCAAGGCCAUCGGAGCCCCCAAGGUUCCUGAUGUCCGCUGGGACGACGUCGGAGGUCUGCAGCAGGUGAAGAAAGAGAUUCUGGACACUGUUCAGCUUCCUCUGCAACGUCCAGAGCUCCUGGUUCUGGGUCUGAACCGGACCGGAGUCCUGCUCUACGGACCACCAGGGACAGGAAAGACCCUGCUGGCUAAAGCUGUGGCUACUGAGUGCUCCAUGACCUUCCUCAGUGUUAAAGGUCCAGAGCUCAUCAACAUGUACGUUGGUCAGAGUGAGGAGAACAUCAGAGAAGUGUUCAGCAGAGCGCGUUCAGCAGCUCCCUGCGUCGUCUUCUUCGAUGAGCUGGACUCUCUGGCUCCCAGCAGGGGGCGCAGUGGAGACUCUGGGGGGGUGAUGGACAGGGUCGUGUCUCAGCUGCUGGCUGAGCUCGACGCUCUGCACUCGUCUGUCGGGGUUUUUGUGAUCGGAGCCACAAACCGUCCGGACCUGCUGGACCAAUCACUGCUGAGGCCCGGCAGGUUUGAUAAACUGGUCUACGUUGGAAUCAACGAGGACCGGGUCUCUCAGCUGCAGGUCCUCCAGGCCAUCCUCAGGAAGUUCCAGCUGGACUCCGCCGUGGACCUGCGGGAGGUGGUGGACCGCUGCCCCGCUCACCUGACCGGCGCCGACCUGUACGCUCUCUGUUCAGACGCCAUGACGGCCGCCAUCAAGAGGAAGAUCGCUCUCAUAGACGCCGGGCUGGACUCGGAGGACUCCCCCGUCCUGAUCUCCGCUGAGGAUUUCUCCGCAGCGUUAGAAAACUUCCGGCCGUCGGUUUCGGAGCAGGAGCUGCUGCGAUACAGAAACCUUCAGCAGAAACUGAGAGACUCAGACGACGGAGGCUCCAAGAACUUUAAUUUCUGAAGAAUCUUCAUGUGCAAAACUGUAAAUAUUAUAUUAUAAAUUAUAUAAUAUUAUAAUAUAUAUAAUAAUAUAAAUAUUAAUGAUGUAAACAAAGAAGUUAAUUUAUACAAUUGUGAGAUUUAAUUUCUGCCAGAAGACCUUAAAUAAACAGAUUUCAGAUUUUUCUGAA